GAGGCACACCAGAUCAGGCAGCCUGCAGCCAAGCAAGAUGUGUCACCAGAAGCUGACCAUCUCCUGGUUUGCUGUGGUUCUGCUGGCGUCUCCACUCAUGGCCAUAUGGGAGCUGGAGAAAGACGUUUAUGUUGUAGAGGUGGACUGGUCUCCUGAUGCCGCUGGAGAAAGAGUGGUCCUCACCUGUGACACUUCUGAAGAAGAUGAUAUCAUCUGGACCUCAGACAAGAACAGUGAAGCUGUAGGCUCUGGGAAAACCCUGACCAUCCAAGUCAAAGAGUUUUCAAAUGCUGGCCAAUACACCUGCCACAAAGGAGGCAAGACUCUGAGCCACUCACGACUGCUGCUUCACAAGAAGGAAAAUGGAAUUUGGUCCACUGAUAUUUUAAAGGACCAGAAAGAUCCUAAAAAUAAGACCUUCCUGAAAUGCGAGGCAGCAAAUUACUCUGGACGGUUCACCUGCUGGUGGCUGACUGCAAUCAGCACUGACUUGAAGUUCAACGUCAAGAGCAGCAGUAGCUCCUCUGAUUCCCGGGCAGUGACAUGUGGAGCAGCGUCUCUGUCUGCAGAGAAGGUCACAGUGGACCGAAAGGACUAUCAGAAGUACUCGGUGGCCUGCCAGGAGGACAUCACCUGCCCGACUGCCGAGGAGACCUUGCCCAUCGGGCUGGUGAUGGAGGCCCAGCACAAGUAUAAAUACGAGAACUACAGCACCGGCUUCUUCAUCCGGGACAUCAUCAAACCGGACCCACCCAAAAACAUGCAGCUGAAGCCCUUGAGGGGCUCUCAGAUGGAAUUAUCCUGGGAGUAUCCUGACUCCUGGAGCACUCCCCAUUCCUACUUCUCCCUCAAGUUCCACGUUCAGGUCCAUCGCAAGAGAGAAAGGAAAGAUGAGUCUCAGUUUGUAGACAAGACCUCUGCCACAAUCCGAUGCAGCAAAGGUGCAGAGGUCCGUGUGCGAGCUCAGGAUCACUACUACAAUUCAUCGUGGAGCAGAUGGGUAUCUGUGCCCUGCAGUUAGGUGAGCAGGGUCCAGUCCCAGGAUGUGACUGUGAAAGAAGAAAAAAUGGAAGACUCUAAGAAAGAAAGUUUAAACUCAUGAUGGAAGAGACCCCCAAAGCCAUUUUCUACUUGGUUGACUUUUUCCAGUUUUUUAUAUUCAUAAUGAUAUUUUCCUAUAUUUCUACAUUUAAAUGUUAAAUGCCCACUGAGACAAUGAGCCAAUUUAUGUAUAGAUAUUUUAACACUCUGCCUGGCCUUAUGCUAUUUAAAUAUUUAAAAUAAUUUAUGUAUUUAUUAAUUUAUUUCUGUAUUUAACAUUUGUAUAUCAAGAUGUAUUGAAUAUUUCAUGUUCUGGUGGGCUGAUCCAGAGGGACCAGACCCUAUUAUGCAAAGUGUGAACGUGUUAUCUUUUUCAACAACUUUCAACCAAGGCUGCACAGGUACAUUGGCUUUUGUGAUAACUAAUAAGAACAUAAUAUUCUGAUACAAGUGAUGUUAUAUAUUUGUGACCAGUGAAGACACAGAGGUUAUUUAGACACAUGAAAAAGUUAUGAAGGUACUCUGAAGAAGUUAGAGCUAGUUCUAACAUCAAUGAUGACUUCCUAGCAGUGGCAUUGAUAAGAAACAAGGAUCACCUGUGCUUCUAUUAGGCUUCUGGCACCUAAAUUUAAAGGAAUUUUUAAUUCCAAGUUUGAGGAUAUAUAGCUUAGAUGGCAGAUUGCUUGCCUAGCAUUCAUGAAGCUCUGGGUUUGUUCCCCAGCACUGUAUAAACUAAGCAUUGUGGUGCACACCUUAGUCCUAGCACAUCACCCUCAUCUGCAUAGCAAGUUCAAGGCCAGCCUGAAUUACUGAAUAAACUACCUCAAGAAUAAGGGAAGGGGAGAGGGGAUGGAGAGAGUUAACUGGUUACCUCCUUAGCAGUCCCCACCUCCAACCCCCAUAAAGAAAAUGAGCUCUUGGAAUUUUAGAGGAAGCAUACGUAUAGUUGUGUCUAAAGGAUAUAAAAUCCAGAGUGCCAUAAUAGCCACACAAAUAGGUACAAAGAACACCAUGUAGAAUCAGCCUGAUGAUGAACCUGAGUGAACCCAAGGUGCAGUUAUGACCAGACAGGAUCCAUCAUGCCACGAAUGUACUAUCGCUACGUAAUGACCAUGCUUCUUGUAAUGAUUGCCUUUGUUUUUUGUUUGUUUGUUUGUUUAUUUAUUUAUUUUUGCCUUGUGAGACCAAACGAAUAAAAGCUCUUCUUUGCAGUCA